UCCACAAGUCAACUUUCGCUCGCGCAUGUGUGUGUCUGUGUGUUCAAGUGCGUGCUUUCCCGUGCGUUGUGUUGUGAUGAUGGGCCGCUCACGACGCGAGUGAAAAAAGAAGGAACAGCACGAAGCGAGGGAGCAUUCUGCCCCCGUCGUCGCGAAGCACAGGACGGCUGACUUUACUAUGGGAGCAUGGUCUCGCGAUCGCCGACAUGCGACCGCGAAUCAUGCGCUCCGUUGCUGCCACACGCGCUGCUGCCCUGCUACAGCUGUUGCCGCUGUUGGUCGUCGCCGUGCUGCCCGCGGUCCGCGCCGUGGUCGCCGACCAUGGGCACUCGGAAGCGUGGUCAGGAGCCGAUGGCGCUGAAACACCGCCAAAGGAUGACAGGCACCUUGCUGUUGUCGAGCCUCUGAUUCUAGUCUCCACCUUGGACGGAACCCUGCACGCCGUGGAAAAGAAGUCUGGGAGCAUACGCUGGUCCAGAAAAGAAGAGCCAGUUCUGAAGGUGCCUGCUGAUGUAUCUAAAAGAACAAGUUUUCUUCCGGAUCCAAAAGAUGGCAGCCUGUACAUUUAUGGCUUUGGCGAGACCAGUGGUGAGGACGCCAUCAAGAAGCUUCCCUUCACUAUUCCAGAACUAGUGUCAGCAUCGCCGUGUCGAAGCACCGAUGGAAUCCUCUAUACUGGCCAGAAGCUGGAUGUCUGGUUCGCCAUCGACCUAUUCACUGGGGACAAGCUGGAGACUAUUUCGUUUCACGGCUCGGACAAGGUCUGCCCGGUGUCUUACGAGAAGGCAAUCUUUGUUGGCCGUACAGAGUUCCAGAUUGCCAUGUACGACAGCAAGACAGGUGAAAAAAGAUGGAAUGCCUCCUUCUUUGACUACGCGGCCCAGACGGCACCAGACCUGGCCAAGGAUUACGACUUGGCCCACUUCACGUCGAGCGAAAGUGGUCGGGUGCUGACAUUUAAUAAGGACACUGGUGAUUUCCUGUGGGAGCGGGAACUGGGAAGCCCUGUCGUCGCCGUCUACGAUGUCGGCGAAGAGGGCACCCUGCGGCGUCUGCCGUUCACACCCGUGGCUCACCGCACCCUCGAGGACAUCACGGGGCGGCUCAAGCGCUCCUCCUGGAACAAGAACCUGCUCGAACCUUCGCAGCACACCACACUGUACCCGGCACUGUACGUUGGUGAGCACGCCAAGGCGAGCUAUGCCCUGGCUGCUCUGGUGGACAAGAACAUGCCGGUGAUGAUGUCACGGGACCGGAGGAUACCUCUCCUGGAAGGUCCCGCUUCGCCAGGCGGUCGAGCAAUGGAGGCGACGCCCGACGACUUUGAAUCACCACAAGGUGGCUCAAAAAAGCGGUCCUUCGUUUCUGGCUACUACGAGUACCCAAACACCAUGGUGGCCGUGCUCUUCUCGAGGCUUCAGAUCGGGUACCGCAGUCCACCGCAGUCCGAAGACCUGGCAAGCCGUCACACCAGGGACCAGCACGACCUGCCCUCGGAUGAAUUGCACAUCGAGGAACGGGUUAUCCCAACCAAGGACUUUGACGGACCCAGCCCUGGAGGGGGGAACUGGGAGAUCGGGGACGAUGGAAAAAGCUGGAGGCCCAUUCCCUUCUUCAACCGCAAGGGGGACGAUUGGGGCGGCAAAGAGGGCGCCAGGACUAGGGGGGACAGCCCUGCACGUCAGCGGCGCCGGCGGGUUGAUGCGGCCACCGAGACGCCGGAGUGGCCUCCGGAAGACACAUUGCUGUCCACCUUGGGCCAGGUUACCUGGUCCCAGAUGACGCUGGUGAUCCUUCUGGCAAGCAUGGCGGCAGCAGUGGCCUACCUUUACCCACAGGCGAGAGAGUACCAGCGCUCGUCACGGAGUGGGAACCUGAGGGUCAGUGGUGGCAGUCAAAUUCUGGAAGUUACAGAAGACGGGGUCUGUCACGUGGGAAAAAUCAGCUUCGACACACGAGACGUGAUUGGUCGUGGCUGCAAUGGAACAUUUGUGUUCAAGGGCACUUUCGAGAAGCGCCCCGUAGCGGUCAAGCGCAUACUGCCGGACUGCAUCAGCUUGGCGAGCCGUGAAGUGGACCUGCUGCGCGAGUCCGACGAACACCCCAAUGUGGUUCGCUACUUUUGCAUGGAGGAGGACCGCCAGUUCUGCUACAUUGCCCUGGAGCUGUGCGAGGCCACCCUGCAGGACUUCGUGGAGUGUCCCGAUUCGGAGGACUGGGGCCACCUGGAGCCCAUCACGCUGCUCCACCAGGCCUCCUCCGGACUGCACCACCUGCACUCGCUCGACAUUGUUCACCGAGACGUCAAACCUCACAAUGUGCUCAUCUCGCGACGGAAUGCCGCUGGCGAGGCUAAGGCCAUGAUCUCAGACUUCGGCCUCUGCAAGAAGCUGAGCCACGGACGGCUGUCGUUCUCGCGAAAGUCUGGCAUCACCGGCACCGAUGGCUGGAUCGCACCGGAGAUGCUGUCGGGUCACGGGCGAGCCACAAAAGCUGUGGACGUGUUUUCUCUGGGCUGCGUCUUCUACUAUGUGCUGAGUGGAGGCCGGCACCCGUUUGGGGACACCCUAGAACGGCAGGCCAACAUCAAGCACGGCCGGCACAAUCUCUCGGAUGUCGGGACACAUGGUCCCCUUGGCCAGUCCCUGAUUGAGCAGAUGCUUCACACAGACCCCCAGGAACGCCCCUCCGUCUCGGCGGUGGUGAAGCACCCUGUCUUCUGGGGCCCAAAGAGGCAACUGGACUUCUUUCAGGACGUGAGCGACAGAAUUGAGAAGGAGCCACCGGACAGCGCGGUAGUGCGGCGUCUUGAGCGGGGCGGCUUCGAAGUGGUGCACGGUGAUUGGCGGGACCACAUCACCGAGGAGCUGCAGAAAGAUCUGCGCAAGUACCGUACUUACAAGGGUCAUUCUGUUCGGGACCUGCUACGGGCCAUGCGAAAUAAGAAGCACCAUUACCGGGAGCUGCCGCAGGCACUGCAGUCCGAGCUGGGUACAAUCCCGGAGGAAUUCGUCGGCUACUUCACGUCGCGGUUCCCGCUGCUGCUGCCGCACACGUACCUGGCCAUGCAGGAGUGGCGCACCGAGGCCACCCUGCGGUCGUACUACGCGCACGACGGAUCGGCCGAGCUCCGGCCGUCGCGGGCGCAACAGCCCCCGCUCCAGGGGGGCCCCUCCUUUCCCUGGCAGUGGCGGCGGCGGAAAGCAGACGCCGCCAAGCACAAAGACGGGGAGGACGGGGAAGCCCCGGCUGCAUCUGGUGCAGAAUCCGCAGCACCAUUUGACCGUCCACUGGAUCCCACAGAUCCUCACCUGCCUUCAGACUUGGCCAGCCUGCAGUCGGCCGAUGGUGUCAAGGAACACCGGAAAUCUUCGCCAAGAAGAUUGUCUCCCAACAGUGCCUGGCGAGUUGACGUUGCCGACACCAUACCCCAGGUGCUCGAAACCAUUCCCAGCGGCGAGUACCUCGAGAGCACAAAGGCCGCCAUCAUGGAUGACCGCGCGGAGGCCUCAGAACCUGAUGCGGUCAACGCUGGUGUCCGUGCUGAGCGGGCUAGUCUUGGCACACCAAGAAGCGCAGCUGUGAGGCUUUCCAACAGCGGCAGUCCCAAGCGACGUUCCCCGAGCCGCAACACCAACUGGCGUAGCCGCAGUCCCGUCACGGGCGGGGAACAUCAGGAUUUCAGUCGAGACGCUGAUGGGUCUUACGCGGCAGACGACGCAGUUGAAUCUGAUGAUUUCUUGAGGCGCACGACGAGACGUAACAGUGCGAGUCCGAAGCCAACCAGAUUGAACCGGAAGCACAGGUCACCGAGUCACAAUACAAAUUGGCGUAGCCAGAGUCCCAGUGCUGCCACAGAAAGCCAAGAGCAAGAGAGCAGGAGCGGCAAUGACGGUGCAGUCCUAGGUAGCACAACGUCCGGUGCAGCCGAGCUGCGAAGAGCCUUGGCCAAGCACAUCAACAGCAGUCCCAGAACGGUUGAAGCGGAUAAGACACAAUCUUCUCCGAGUCGCCAUACAAACUGGCGUAGUCCAAGUCCAACUGUUUCCAAGAAAUGCCAGGACUCGCAAGAAAGUCCCAACGAAGGUAUCACUAGGGAAAUGCCCGUUGACGAAGCUGCUGCGUGUGGAGUGGCCAGGGAUGAAACGGUUGCCAGCAAAGCCGCUACCAGCUCGAUUAAGAAGCCCAUCAUUCAUGUUGGUGACAAAACUUGUAACGGUGACUCCUCCCCUCUGAAAGCUAAGGACAUUGCUGACACACCAUAUCAGCAACAACCCGGUGAUAUAAUGAAAGACAUAGGAGAGUUGCAGGAAGUUGUGCGGAGACAGUCUCCUUCAAAGCAGUUGGUUCGACGGGUGCUAACGGUUUUGCCUCAGCGGCGCCGUAGUUUUUCAGCCGGCGAAGCUGUUGCCGAUGUUCUUGCUACGGUCACGUUAAAGAAGAACUGAAGACGAAAGUUGAUCUGUUUGUGCUUUUAAACUGGUUGCUUGGUGUCCAUUUAGGAACUCCUUGUCGACGCUUGAAGCCCCUUGACCUCGUCCACAGUUGUUGCCUUCAGAAAUGCAUCUAGAUGUUGAGAAGGUGUGUUUUGAAGGUGAGAAGUGCGCCUGCUAGAUAAGAUAGGGUUAUCUUUUAGAGGCGUCCAAGCAAGCCUUCAGCACAGUAGCUCGAUGUUUGCUUCCACGCUUUGUGAUAGCAAAACACUAGAGCCACUGGUGCACCGUAAUGAAGCGCUCAAGUGCAGUACAGUGCUCAAUUAGUCUCCUGCUGUUUGAAGGCUGCUACUGAAGGCUGAGAGCGAUAACUGUAUGAGGAAGCAGGAACUGCUUGGGGCGCCCCCUAUGGUGUUCCAGCAUGAAGCCAUGAAGUGACUUCGCUUAAGAGCGUUUUGAAGUGCAUUCAGUGCACGUUGUAUCAGGCCUUUUCUGAAGUAGCGUGUUAAAUACACAGUGCGUCAUACAGACUGGAAUGUAGUGCGGGUUGUAUUUCAGUUUAGUGUUUGUAUAAUUUGUCAACGCACACAUAGGCAACACUGUUGUAUGCCCGAAGUAUUUACAGGCAACUGCCUGUGCCAUGUUUGUGAAACUGCCUUUUGCACGAAAUCGACGCACAUUGCCUUAGCUUUUAAAGCUUGCAUCUAUUCCAGUCAUUUCCUUUUACCUCGUGUUUCACUUGCUUUGAGCUGAAUUGUCUUUUCAAGGGAGAUUGAUCGGACACUAAUAAAUUGUACAAACGCGUUUUUAAUAGUGCCUCUCCCACGAUACUUUCCUGAGGCUUGUUACAAAGGUUUGAUUUCUUUAGUCACCUGUGUUCAUUGUUGCUUUUUUUUUUCUUUUGGGACCAAGUCAGUAAACAUAAGCUCAGGUAGAACUAGAGCGUUCAAGCAUGAUUCUUCGUGCCUUUUAGCUCUUUUCGCAAAUUCUUUACAGGUAAGUGGGUGUUCUAUACCACAAAGAAAGCUACAGGUUUCGGGCUAUACAGAAGAUGUGUUGUAAGUGUCUUAACAUACCAAAUCAUGCUCGGUGGGAUUGCACUAGGUGGAACAAGUUGCACAAAAAAAGGAAUGCCAUCAUUCAACUGAAAUCGCAAUUGUAGCUACAAAGUAAACCUUGUACGUGUUACCCAGAAAGAAAACCUUGCAGUUGUAAAGAAAAAAAAGUUUUUCUGGUUUGAGGCUUGAAACCAAGACCAACAUUGUUUUGAAGCAGUCACUCUACAAGGUGAGCUAGCCAGGAGCCGUAUUGUCUGUUGAUCACUCUUGGAGAUGUGACUGCUUCUGCGAGGUCUUGCUUCACUUGGCUAUGGGUGCAUUGGUGUCCACGGGUGACAACAUUCCUCGCACAGUGCCAGGCAUGCUGUCUUGACACACUGCGUGGGACGCUGUUGCCCGUAAGUGCUAAUGUCUCCAAUUUCCAAGUCGCACAAAAUCUCGCGAAAGUUAUCCCCUAAAGUUAUAGAACAAGAGCACCACUCUAGAAGGAUACGAGCAAAUAAACCAAAUUCAGGUUGGUUCGAGGAUAAAGGUCCAUUAAUCGAAUUGAGAACCAUUUGGCAGAAUCCGUGCCUCGUAAAAAUGAUGGUGCUUGGUUUGUGUCCCCAGACUAGGACAAAUUUUUCUCAACUGUGAACAUCUUUUCUGGGGAAGCUUGUAGGGGUUUCCUUGGUAGGUUCAAGCUACUUUCAUGCGUAUGGCAACGUUUCUGUCAGAAACGGGUUCCCUUGUGCAACUCUUUAAACUGCCUUUGUCCGUAGUAGCCACACGAGCUGAGAGUACUUUCAAAUUUUCGAUCAUGCAUGAAGGGGUGUCCAGUUACACAUUGUGUAUGCCACCUUAAUUACUGAAAACUUUGGUUUGACACUUGCACAUUAUUUUGCAGGUGAAUGCACUUAUUAUAUAAAACUGCAGAUGUAAAUAUUGUAUGACUAGCAGGUAUUCAAGUACUAUAGUUUUGCAAAGUUUAUUAUAUAUAGCGAAGAUUUAGGGCACUUAGCUUCAGGAUGUACACAUAGCUUAAUUUACUGUUCUUUUUCUAGUGCAGGGGUCAUUGAAGCCGUGGCAUUUUGACUAUAACCCAAUUUCUAUGCUAUGCCAUUAAUGAUAAAAAUUUUUUUGAGCUGUUCUUGAAGCAGACAAACACAUACCACUGUCUGUGUUACCGUAGCUAUUAAUAAAUAGCUAUUGUGUUGGUAACAUUGGUGUUCUUGGAGGCUAGACCAAUACACUCGAACCUAAGUUGUUCUUUAAUGGCUUUCUCGCAUUGACGAGCGGCGAGAAAUUUAUAUAGGGCCUAUUUGUAGCUUGAAGCUGCUGCUGGGUGUAGGCUGACUUUCCUAUUCUCGUAUCUGUAACAUUCACAUCUUUAGAAACCAGACUAUUUGGGUUUAACACAGGGUUCUUGUUUGAAACACAGAGUUGAAAACAUACUUUUGGGUUUGCUGUAUAAAUUUAUAGUCACAAUAUUGUUGCUGUGUGCAUACUGCCAUACUGCGAUGGAGGUGCUCUUGAAUCAGUAGGUAUAAUAGGUUGGGGAUUAUUUUUCCUCUAACAUAAGCCAAUGAACAGGGCAGAACCUCUCUUUCUGUUUGAUGCCUGAAAAUGCUGUUUACCAUUACCACUAUGCUCAAGAUAUGGCAAGUAUCAGUGUUCUGUCUUACUCCGGUCACUCAUAUUUGCUGCUCCAAAACUUUCUUCAGAUGACUGUCUGCUUCCAUUAUGUGCUUGGUGGCGUUGGUGUGAGAUUUGGCGACACUCAGGACAAACUUAUAUGUAAAUACCUUGUGGCAUGUAUAUAUUUUGCUAAUGAACUCAUGCUCUAUACAUGCAUAGUUUUCAUAUGACUUGUUCAAAGUAACUAAUAUCAAAAUUAAGGAAACAAUUGCCAGACAAGUAUUUGUUGAAUCAGUACAGUCGAUGUCCACUUUUGCCACCAUGGUAAUAGCCGUGGAAAACUUAUUUUUCUUUUCGCUGUUAAAUUCUCUGUUCUUUAAAAGGAGUCUUUGAUGGCACAGUGAAAGGCGAAACUGCAGGCAACAUAGGUGGAUGACGUUUGGGUAAUGGAAUGGUUCGCUACCUACUUUGUGGCCAGUCUGGCUUUCAUAACUUCUCUAUGUCCGUCAAGGAUUAGUGAUGCAAUAAAUCUUUCGAUAUUCACCCACUUACAUUGGCACAGACUAGGAGGUUUUACCUGCGGGGGCUUGCUGAGGGAAGCUAACCUUUCGUUGUUCAUUAAUGACGCUAUGUCAAGCGUGUGGCUAUCACUCUGUGCACAGAACAGGAGAGAACGGGCUGUUGCAUAUUUUUGUAGCAAUUGUUUACUCGAUUAGAAUGUCACAUUUGGCCUCAUAGGCGAGUCUAAACUGCGGGACCCUUCUACGUCCCUAUAUUUUGUGUCAUCAUUCUAACUCGCUGGUGGGUUUCAUUUGUGAAAUAUCAGGUGUUGCUGAAUGGCUGCCUUUCCAGAAAUAACUCGUGAAGUUUGACUUUAGGAAUCUGAUGUUUACAAUAACUUGUAAUCACUUUUUCUCUGCAUUGUUUUUUGGUUCUCUUACAAUAUUUCAUCUUGGUGAUCGCUCAGUUUGACUUUAUAGAUACAAUAUUUAUGAUCACUUUGAGUUACUCAUUCUUCACAUUUCUGGAUUCUCUUAACAUUACUUCCUCUUGUAGAUUGCUCCAUUGUAACUUGGCCAUGUGGUAGUUACCGUAACAUGGCCAAGUUACAUGUAACUAAACCAACAUGUGGCUUUGUUACAUGCAUUGAAUUGUUGAGAUUUAUUUUUGGGGCCGCAUUUUUAUGCCUUUUAGGCCGUUGACUCCUUGUAUAUACCAUGUCACUGUAUUUUCACGCAUAUGACUCGUCCCUGCUUAUAACCACACCCCCCAAUUACAACCCUAGGGGGAAAAAAGUCCUUCAUGUCCUUUUAAAAGCAACAGGGCAUAACCGUUGGCUCAGAGCAAUGCUCUAGAAACAACCUUUAUUUUGUAUUUUCGUUGAGUGCUUCUUUCACUUGCAAUAUCUGUCAAAGCACGGUGGAGCUUCACGGUAAUGCAGUAUGCAUUUGCCCUCAAGUGCGGUUUCAUGGCAACAUGCGUAAGCAUUGCUGUGAAGCAAUGCCACAAGGCACUUUGUACUUACAUUUGUCUAAUUUUCGGCGUGAGUUAUAUGCACGGAAAUGUGGUGUUCCAUCGGGUCUUCUACCUGCCCUACAUCUCGUUUUGGCUUCCAAGAUGGGUAUGGUUUUUUUUCCUUGUGUAUGACUAUGUUGCGUCAAGUUGUUUACUUGAGUUGUAUACAUCAACCCAUCUGUUCGCUUGACAACCGGCCAUUCAAUAUGUUAGCACGAUUGACUACACACAUACGAAACACAAACUGCCGAAGGAAACAAGAACAGGACAAAUGCAAACUAGCUAUCCUUUUUUAGCACUUGCGUGUCUCUGACUAUUACGAAGUCCUUCCUUUGCAUCAUGUUUGUCUGGGCUUUGUGCUUGGCCAAGUUCAAUGCCUGCUUACGGUAGGUCCUCCACCAGAACUCAGUGUAGUUACCUCAUAAUAGCUCUUGUAACUCUGUUCUGUUCUGUUCUGUUGAGCUUUUGUAACUCAGUUGAGCUCUUGGAACUUGUAGUAGUUGGAGACGCACAGGUGUGCAUCCCAUCUACGUUUUCUUGUGUGGCUUGUGCUCUCGUGUGCAUUUAAUUAUGCUAACAUAAGUGCACCCACUAGACCACCGAGGCAUCUUAGCCAUUUGAUAUGGUUGAUGUCAUUGCAGAACCUUCAAGAAGGUGUGUAUAUUUCCUUGUGAAAAGAUAUUACUUUUUAACUGUUGUCACAGUCAUUGCUAACGUUUAGCUCCCGCCGUGCUUCUGCUUUGGACAGUGCGUGGUUUGCACAAACUGCCUGGAGGGAAAACCAUUUUUAGUUGCCUAGUGUUGCCAGUAAUAUUUGUUGCAACAUAUCCGUUAAGAAAACCGAGAUGUUCAAAUUUCUUUUUGCCUGUGUUGAUGUGCCCCAAGCUCACUGAGAUCUUGGACAUUCGGGGAUAGUUCAUAAACACAUUCUGGUCCUGGAAGGUCAUGGUUGAUGCUGCUGUUUUUGGUUUAGAAAACAGUUCCAGUCUGAACACUUCGUGUUGUUUGUAUUCUGUGGGCAGUUUAACGUGCUACAUCAUUUUUGACUGUCUGGAAAGUAAGUGCUUUGGGAACAGCUGAUGGCCGAGAUUAUGUACAAUAUUGUCUUUUAAAGGUAACCCACGGGGUAAUAAUGUAUGGGUGUUUUUACCCGACAUUAUGCCUUGACAGAGAAUGGCAAAUACGAGCCUGAAGUGUUUUUAUUUUUUGAUAUUGUUUUAACCCUAUCAGAUUGUCUUGCUUCAUACUCGGCAGGGACUCACUGACAACCAAAACCAUUAAUUUUUUUUUCUCUUGUGCGAGUUUCAUCGUUGAAACUUCUGUCAAUUUGCAACAUAUGUACACAUGAUGCACUAUGUGCAAUGAUGUUUUGUUUAUAUUACUUGGAUGAAAAAUCAUUGAGGCACGAAUGGAAAAUGUGCAAAAUGAUCUGUAAUGGGGUCUAGUGGUAUAAUGUUCGCAUAUCUUUAUUAUCCCACUGUUAUCAUGUGUGCAACUCCACUGCAUUACCUUUUGUGUGAUGAUCUUUGAACACAAUGUGUGGUGUAGUGUGAAUCCAUGUGGAAUGGCAUUCAUCUCUCUUUCAGUUCGCAUAGGAGGCAUCAUAGUUACAGUCAGGAUUUCUUUAGUUGCGUCAGGGCUUGCUAUUGAGUCUUGGUUUCCAGUUAUGAAUUACGCAAAGUUGUGGAAUCCUUAAAGUUGUAAAUUCACAUAGAGUUACCUGUUGCACGUCAAAGACCCUUUAUAAGGCCCAUGAUCAUGAUAUAAAACACGUGGUCCGUGCACAUGUGUUUUUAUUUUUGAGUCAGGGUCUUUGAUUUGAGGUCGAUGAGGGUGGUGAUAUGGGCAUGUUGGUUGGUCAUCAUGGAAUGGUAUCUGGCAUAAUGCAGCAGAACAUGGAGCCAUCAAGAAACGACAGGCGGACACAAGCGUUAACUAUCAAAAACGAAAUUUUAGUUCUGGGAUCGGUCGUACUUAUACUUGCACAAAACUACGUGUGCAACAAUAUGAAACCCUAAGAUACAUGGUGGCUUGAAGACAACUUUAAAACUGGUACAUCACAAAAAUGCCAAGGGAACUUAAAUUAUAUGCUGUAGAUAAAGUCAGCUCUCAAGGCAUGCUCAAAUAAUCAAUUUUUUUCGUGGACAAUGAUGCUGAAGGUUUGCUUAUACAUUGGUCAGCGACUGAGAGGAUGUGCUCCGUUCCUAUUAAUAAUCUUACACAUUCACAUUUAUUCCUGUCUACAAUAGCGGUGUUUUCUAGAAGAGGAUGACAUGUACACAUUUUGCCAUGAAAUGCCAGAAAACCGUCACCUGAUACACUCUUCACUUUGUUUCUGUGCUUUCUUAAGCAUUGAUCGAUGCAUCUUCUGGUUUGACCCACAUAGCAUCUACCGCAUGACAGCAGAAUGUGAUAGACCACCCCUACAGCACAUACCACAUACUGAUCUUUGUGCUUCUUAUCAUAUACUGGCUUUUUUGUCCUCAUCAGGUAGAUGGGUUUACAGAGUACUCAGUGUAGAGCUGAAAAAACAACCCGCCCGUUUCCUAACCGUGAUCCGCAUAUACCUCAAGUAUCACAUAGCCUGAAAAAGAUAGGAAGCCGAGGAAAUGUGCAGGUUGUUUUUUUUUCAGCUCCAAACAAGCUAAGUACUCUGUGUAAAACCACUAACCCGAUGAGGAAAAGAAAGUCGCUAUGUGUUAAGAAGCACAAAGACCAGUUCACCAUAUGCGCUGCAGGAGUGGUCUAUCGCAUCCCGCUGUCAUGCGGUAGACGCUAGAUAGAUCGAAUCGGAAGAUUCAUCAGUGAACGCUUAAGAGAGCACAGAAACAUAGUGAAGAGUGUAUCAGGCGACGGUUUUCUGGCGUUUCAUUGCAAAACGUGUACAUGUCACCUUCUUCUGGAAGACACCGCUAUUAUAGAUAGGAAUAAACGUGAGUGUGUUAGAUGAAUAGUACGAACCGAGCACAUCCUCUCGGUCGCUGACCAAUGUAUAUGCAAGCCUUCAGUGCCAUUGCCUGCGAAAUAAAUGGAUUAUUUGUGCCCGCCUUGAGAGCUGACCUCAUCUGCAACGUAUCGUUUAUGUUAUCUUGGCAUUUCUGUGAUGCGCCAGUUUUAAGAUUGCUUUCACGCCAUCAUGUAUCUUAGGGAUUGAUAGCAUUGUGCAUGCAGAUGUGUGUGCGCAUAAGAACGACCAGUCCCGGAAUUAAAAUUUCGUUGUUGAUAGUUAGCACUUGCGUCCGUCUGUCGUUCCUUCUUGUGUCCAUGUCAUGCUGCGCUAUGCCAGUUACCAUUCUAUGAUAUUAUUUGAGUGUCCUUUAUUAUAUUUCUUGCAGUCUGCUAAACUUUUGUGAGGCACUGCGUACAGUUAGAAGGUGCCACUAUUCUGAGUAGAACUGCUGCUGAAAGUUUGCCAUAGUGAACGCACACUUUGGAGUCCUAGCUGUAAUUACAGUAGCAAAUUACUUUGGCCUUUAUUGUGCGAGCUACUACGCAAGAUCUUUUUUUCUCUAGUUCUUGUUCACUUAUUGCGCGUUUGCCAUUGAAAAGGAAUAUUAUGUAUAUAUUUUUUUGCCACAUGUAAAUACAGCUCGUUAUAUGUAUAUCUUUUACUCUGAAAAUGUUGUAGUCAUUAUUGGUGUUGUAUGCACAUUAUGGGAGAUGGCCAUGCAUAAAUUUUUUUUUUUUGAAUAA